AGAUACUGGAAGAGGAUCCCAAAGGGAGGAAGAGAGCAUGGCGCCGGACGGAUUCCGUGAAGGAAGGCCUAGUCGAGUGCAAUGGAGGAGUGGCCGAAGAGGAUGAGGGGGAGGUCAUUCUUGCGCAGGAGCCUGCAGCUGAUCAGGAGGUGCCGAGGGACGCCAUCUUGCCCGAGCAGUCCCCAGGAGAAUUUGACUUUAAUGAGUUCUUUAACCUUGAUAAGGUGCCGUGCUUGGCUUCGAUGAUGGAAGAUGUUUUGGGAGAAGGGUCGGUCUCUGCCAGCCGCUUCAGUAGGUGGUUCUCUAACCCCAGCCGGUCCGGAAGCCGCUCGAGCAGCCUUGGGUCUACACCACAUGAAGAACUGGAACAACUUGCAGGUCUGGAGCAAGCUAUCCUCUCUCCUGGACAGAACUCGGGGAAUUACUUUGCUCCUAUACCACUGGAAGAUCACACUGAAAAUAAAGUUGAUAUUUUGGAAAUGCUACAGAAAGCCAAAGUGGACUUAAAACCUCUUCUCUCCAGCCUUUCUGCAAAUAAGGAAACACUGAAAGAAAGCUCACAUUCAGGAGUGGUUCUUUCAGUGGAAGAGGUAGAAGCAGGGCUCAAGGGUUUGAAGGUGGACCAACAAGUAAAGAAUUCAACUCCCUUCAUGGCAGAACAUUUAGAGGAGACCCUCAACGCUGUAACAAACAAUCGGCAGCUGAAAAAAGAUGGAGAUAUGACUGCGUUCAACAAGCUCGUGAGCACCAUGAAGGCAAGCGGAACUCUGCCUUCGCAGCCCAGAGCCAGCCGAAACCUUGAAAGCCAUUUGAUGUCUCCUGCUGAGAUUCCAGGCCAGCCUGUGUCUAAGAACAUCCUCCAGGAACUUCUGGGUCCGCCUAUCCAGAGACCGGCUUCUUCCAAUCUUCUGAGUGGCCUUAUGGGAAGCUUGGAGCCCACAGCAUCUUUACUGGGCCAUAGAGCACCCUCGUCCCCCUUGUCACAGGUGUUUCAAACGCGAGCAGCCUCAGCAGACUAUCUUCGCCCUAGGAUAUCAUUACCAGCUGGCUUCUCAUCGGGGCCACAGCAGCUUCUGGGAGACCCGUUCCAAGGCAUGCACAAGCCCAUGAGCCCCAUCACAGCCCAGCAGAUGAGCCAGCUGGAGCUGCAGCAGGCCGCUUUGGAGGGGCUGGCCUUGCCACCUGACCUUGCAAUGCAGACAGCUAACUUCUACCAGCCUGACUUUGACAAACCACAGGUGGAUAGAACCAGAGAUGGAUUCAGAAACAGGCAGCAGCGAGUGGCCAAGUCGCCAGCACCCAUGCAUCAAGGGAAUUCCUCUUCCCCUGCUCCCUCAGCCUCCAUCACAAGCAUGCUUUCUCCUUCCUUCACCCCUACCUCAGUGAUUCGUAAGAUGUAUGAGAGCAAAGAGAAAAGCAAGGAGGAGCCGGCACCCGGCAAAGCAUCUCUUGGUGACAGGAAAGAGGACACGCAGAAGGCCAGUGAGGAGACCCUCCUGUCAUCCAACUCUGUGUCCAAUGCCGAUCAAGAUUCCUCACCCACUACACAUCCCAAACUCUCAACGCUGCAGCUGUCUUCCUGUUCGAUGUCCAUGUCCCAAACCAACCGUUACACCAAAGAACAAGAUUAUCGCCCUAAAAUGACUGGGAGAAAAACACCCAUGUUGGCUUCCCCAGUUCCAGGAGCACCUUUUCUCCGCCCUGUCCACCAAGUCCCGCUUGUCCCUCAUGUACCGAUUGUGCGGCCUCCACACCAGCUUCACCCAGGAUUGGUCCAUAGGAUGCUGACCCAGGGAGUACACCCUCAGCAUCUGCCAAGUUUGCUUCAAGCUGGUGUGCUUCCUCCUGGGAUGGACCUGACUCAUUUACAGGGACUGUCCGGCCCGAUCCUGACCCAGCCCUUCUACCCCUUGCCUGCUGCUGGUCACCCUCUCCUAAAUCCCCAUCCGGGGACACCUCUGCACCUGACAGUGAUACAGCAGCAGCUACAGCGCUCAGUUCUGCAUCCUCCAGGUUCAGGUUCUCAGACAGCGGCUGUCAACGUCCCAAUGACGCCCCAGAAUGUGCCCAGCCGGUCAGGCCUGCCCCACAUGCACUCCCAGCUGGAGCACCAUCCCAGUCAGAGGAGUAGCUCCCCCGUGGGCCUUGCCAAAUGGUUUGACUCAGAUGUGCUGCAGCAGCCCCUGCCCUCCAUGCCUGCCGAAGUUAUCAGUGUGGACAAGCUGGAAUACCGACAGCGAGCAGCUCAUCGAAGCCUGGACUCGGCUCAAUCAAGGACUCAGCUUCCUCCUCUGGAGUUGGUUUAUGGGCUAUUAUAUGGGGCACUCUGGCAGAAAGCCUUUAGAAUGAAUGCCCAUGCAGCUGGUGUCUGCAUUAUGGUGGAAGGAAUUCUUAACCAAUUGAGUGGAGCCUACAGUUUGAAGACAGGAGGCAGUGUUGUCAAUCCUGGGGUGGGGGGGGAAUUUUUUUUUUUUGUAAGAUAUGUGAAUGAAGUGUUGGUGUCUUCACCAAGAGGGGGCACCUGA